AUGAAUGGGAAAUGGAGUGAAGAUAAUAUGGAGGGAAAAAUGAAAAUUUUGAAUUGUUCCUUUGUUGCUUUUUGGAUGAAGCAUUUCUACCACAUUGGUGGUCGAAAGGAAAAGAAAAGAAAACAUAUGGCAAUAGAAAAGGAUAUCAAUGUUUCUACUGGAACAGAGAUUGUUGCAGCAAAGAAUUUCACAAACGAAAAUCCUCCUGUUCCUGAAAAAGGAAUGCUAGAAAAUUUGCGCUGUAUGGUUGUUGAGGCUUGGAAGCAUUCGGAUUUCUUAUGCAAGGGGCACAUCCUUAGUGCUUUAGAGGAUGAUCUGUACAACGUUUACAGUUCUGCAAAAACAUCAAAAGCAUUGUGGAUUGCACAUGAAAAGAAGUAUAAAACUGAAGAUGCAUACUUGAAAAAUUUUGUGUUUGCCAAGUUUCUAGACUACAAAAUGGUGGGCAGUAAGACUGUUGGAACCCAAGUCGAAGAACUCCAAGUCCUUAUCCAUAACCUUAUUGCUAAAGGUAUGGUAAUUAAUGAGGCAUUUCAAGUGGAUGUUGUGAUUGAGAAGUUGCCUCCUUCAUGGAGAGUCUUCAAAAACUAUCUAAAACACAAGCGCAAAGAAAUGUCGCUGGAAUAUCUUGUGAUUCGCUUGAAGAUCAAGGAGGACAAUAAACUUGCCGAAAGGAAGUCGCGUGGAAAUUCAACGAUUAUGGGAGCAAACUUCAUUGAGGAAGCUGCUCCAAACAAUAACAAAAGGAAGAAGCCUUCAGGACAGAGGAAGGAACAGAACAAGAAAAAAUUCAAAGGCAGCUGCUAUAAUUGUGAAAAAGCUAGACAUAAGGCUCCAGAUUUUGGAAACCCAAAAGAAUGGUGGAUUGACUUCAGAGCCACUCGACAUGUUUGUGUGGUCAAAGAAGCAUUUGCUACGUAUGCUCCAGUGGGACCUGAAGAAGAGCUUUACAUGGGAAAUACUGUAACAACCAAAGUUGAAGGAUAUGGGAAGAUAUUCCUAAAGAUGACUUCCGUCAAGGUGUUGACGCUCAACAAUGUUCUUCAUGUUCCUACAAUUAGGAAGAACUUAGUUUCAACUUCACUAUUAGUCAAGAAUGGUUUCAAAUGUGUUUUUGUUUCUGAUAAGCUUCAUCUUAUUUAUUAG